AUGACCAAAAAGCAGGCUGUCCGCGCAAAAGAAUGGCAAGUAGACAUCCUAAAGAACAUGCACGCAGAAGAGCCUCGGCCGUCAGCUUCUCAAAGACGUAGACUGGCUGUGGAGACUGGCUUGGAUGAAGUUUGGAUCAGGAACUGGUUUAUUAGGUACAACAAACGAUCAGGCUCUCGCCCUCUCGGUGGUUCUACUCCGACGCGCCGUGGGGGAUCGCUAAUGCAUACAAUAAAGCUGAUUGUGCCACGAUCUGACACCACGAUUCACUCUGAUACGUCAAGGUCCCAAGGUCCCUCUCCUGCGCAUCCUGUCUUGUCCCCGGGAACGUCAGAUAUUCUUCCGCCGUUAGACACACUUCUCGCUUCGGUCAACGGCCAAGCGGUCAAAUAUUACUCCAGGCGAAUGCUGCAUCCCAGUUACACUCAGGUUCUCCCGCAAUCAGUCGACCCCCGUUUCCUCGGCUACAUUCCAGGCGCGCCAUCUGCUUUGGGGUCCAGAUCCAGUUCAAGUUCGUCUUCCUCAUGCUACUCGUCCUUGGGAGAAGAGAACGCCUUCCCGCGGAAUACAAGAAAGUGGCGAUACUCCAGGGACCCGCUUCACAACCGAUACCCAGACUUUUCAGCGUUCUUCCUUCCGACGCCUUGUGAUGCCAUCUGCGACGCUGCCGGAAUGCCGGAGUUUUCACCAAUCGCCACGUCAUCCCCGAUGCAUAGUCCUUCGAGCCUCAGCACUGUAUUGUCUCCGGAUUUCACCCUUUCCACCAUGCCGAUGCAUUCACCAAUUGCUUUGCCUGUAUCUUUUCCCGCAAGGUUGUCUUUCCUGCACGCCAUGCAGGCAGAAGAGGCACUCGAUUUUGCACGAGACUCGUUAUCUCCCAGCCAUUGA